CGAAAAGCCUGCAUACAGAGAGAAGGACCCAGCCUCCCAGCUUCUGGAUAUCGUACAUUGUCGGGACGUCCCAAAAAAAAACACAUCACAGUCCGUGUUGAUAUACAUUUGCCCUUUAAAAGACACAACAGGGGGCUAUUUCUUUCACCUGGAAACAUAACAUGGGGAACGCCAAGAGCAGCGCCGUCUCCAAGGAGAUCCUGGAAGACCUGAAGCUCAGCACCAAGUUCACUGAGACGGAGAUCACCCAGUGGUACGAGAGCUUCCAGAAGUCGUGUCCCACGGGACGUAUCACGCCCAAGGAGUUCGAGGUCAUCUACAGCCGCUUCUUCCCCGAGAGCAACGCCCAGACGUACGCGCAGCACGUCUUCCGUUCCUUCGACACCAACGACGACGGCACUCUGGACUUCAAGGAGUACAUAAUUGCGCUGCACCUGACGUCCACGGGCAAGACCACCAGGAAGCUGGAGUGGGCCUUCUCGCUGUUCGACGUGGACAAGAACGGAUACAUCACCAAGUCGGAAGUGACCGAGAUCUGCAGCGCUAUUUUCAAGCUAAUUCCCAAGGAUAAACAGGCUGAGCUGCCCAACGACGAGAACACACCGGAGAAGAGGGCCAACAAACUCUGGACAUUCUUUGAGAAGGAAGAAAAUGAGCGAGUUGCAGAAGGAGAGUUCAUCAAGGGUGUGAUGGACAAUGAGGAUGCGCUUCGCCUCAUUCAAUAUGACCCUGCCAACAAGUAA